AUGCUGAAAACGCCAUGUUCUGUCUGUUUCAAUGUUGUGUUUCGGAAUUUUCUUGUUUUGGGGUUGUUUUUAAUAAAACAAGAAGUUGGAUGUGAUGUCGUGUUUCAGCCCUCACAGCUCUUUACAUCUGGCCCCAGAGCAUCUGCUUUUUUGGUUGGAAACGUGGCUGAAGUCUCUCUGACCAUUACCAAUGUUUUACCCAUCAAUAAUACAGGGCGUCUGCCACCUCCAUCCUGUAUGCCACCCUCUUCUGUGGCAUGGACGUUGUCACAAGAGCGGAUAGGAAAGUACGCCCUGCUGGUGCGGGUCAGUCUGAACCGAAGCCUGGUGCUGUGUACGAAUCAGAAUGAGAUGGACUGCUGUAGCCAGCUGCUGUGUUUAAGAGAGACUGUCAGGGUGUCCUCAUGUCUGGGUGAUGUUCACCAAGCCUCUCUCCUCAUUCAGGCUGAAAUUUAUGCCCAGCUGCCUCCUGCUGGCCCAGUGUCAGAAAAUAAGACGACAAUCCCUAAUCAAGUAUUUCAGCCUCUGGGACGAUGCCCAUGUGAUCUCACACCAAAAGUGUGCGAUGUGCGAUGCUGCUGUGACCAGGACUGUACUCCAGACCUGCUGAGGCUUUUUGCUUCUCGGUGUUUGCCUGGGCCAUUUGGAGGAAACGUCUCUCCCGUUCCAGACUAUGUCUGCUCUGCCCAGUCAGCUGAAAAUGCUCCUGAUUGGUUUCCUUUUCUCUGUGUCACCUCUCCUUUGGACAAUAACCCAUUCCUUGGUCUCUUCUAUUAUGGAAAAACCAUCACUCCGAAGCCUGUUCCAUUUUUCCGGGCUCAGCAGGCAGCAGCUCCAGUACCUCCCAUAAAUUACCGCCAGGGCGAGCCCAUCUUCACCACAGAUAACCAGUACUUCACUAUCCCACAGACGUCCAUCCUUGGGCAGUGUUUAGAAAAGGCUCCAGUGGCAUUUCUGCAGGAUUUUCAGGCAGCAUGUGUGAGAACUUUGCAGUCCUGCCCGCCUACACCAGCUGAGCUGAACGUGGCAGUAAAAGAUGGGCAGGGAGGUGUGAUUGUAGUCAGUGUUGUGGAUGAUGUGACCACUGACUUCGGCUCAUUCUUAUCAGGUCCAGCUACACUUCAAUCUGAAGUGUCAGCACAGGCAGGUGAGAGUCAGAUGUGUAUGAACGUGGGUCUUGCUUUGAGUUACACAUUUUACUGGAGAGGAAAUGGCAUUACUGCUAUCAGUGUGACCCGGCGUAUUGCAAACAUCACUGUCAGUCCUGGAGUUUUACUGACCACUAGAUAUUCUGCUGUUUUUGUGAAUGGAAACACCACAGCUCAGCCAAACUCGGGCAACCCAGGUUACCAGGUUGGAAGGCCUGUAAUUGGUGCGCUUUCGAACUCCACUACAGGAGCAGUAAUAAAAGCCCCAGUGAGCCUCUGGCAACCAGUUGGAAAUGGUUUGUGCUCCUUAGCUGACCUGAGAUCAGUUCUGUAUGGCAUAAACUCAACAUCUGGGUGUCUGAUUCCUGUUAGUUUGCGUAACCUCACCCAGUGUGUCCAGCUCAGAGAAACAGUGCGCUCCACUUUGGAGAGUUUAGUACCUGCUACGCUGGUCUCCAUGACUGGAAAGCCGGAUUUCUCUACGCUGAACAGCUGGAUUAGCAUUACCACUGAAGUGCAGAACUCGAGUCAGACAGCAGGUGGCUUUAGAGGAGUGUGUUCUGCAGUUCCAGCUCACCUUCAUAUUUACAUCAGGAGCCAGACCUUUGGAAGCACUGGUGCUGUGACGCAGAAGAUGAUACAAACAGUGGAGCUGAGUUUUAAGGAAGCCACCUGGAGUUUAGAGUGUGGUGCAGCUCAGAGGAACCCCUGUGUUAAUCCAGACCUCACACAGACUUUCCCUGUGACGUCUUCUGUGACCUUUACCGAUGUACCCAUCAGUACACCCCCUAUGUCCAGGUUUCGCAUUAACUUUACAGAGUUUGACUGUGACAGGAAUGAUGUGUGUUGGCCUGAGUUGGCCUUUCCUCUCACACCUUAUUAUACUGGUGAGCCAUACUCGCAGUCUCUAGCGAAAGGACUCAUCCUUGUGUUCCUCUUCAUUGCUGCGUCUGUGUUAGGAACACCCUGGAGACAAAUCAGACAGGCAUGGAGCACCAGCGCAUUGUAAAGGCUGCUUUCUGCUACUGUUCAUACAGACCUCAGAUACAUCCAAACGGCUGAAAAAUUUAUUCUUUAGCCAAAUUAGCAGUAAUUUGGUAGUAUGGUAUUAUGUGAUUGGAUUUGGAUGGAGCUUUAAUUCUGCUGCUUGAUUGAGAAGAUCAGUCAGUACACUGCUGGACUAAAUAAAAGAGUCGUAAUAAUUUAAAAGUUUAACAUUUCAGUGCUUAUUGUCAUGUCUCAGCCACAACACUAUAUGUUUUCAAUAAAGGAAAGAAACAUGCCCACACGUGUGGGUACAAGCCUGGAUCAGAGAAUUUAGCACUGCUUAUUGUAAAAUUAGUGCAGACAGGAUGGUUAUAGUAAAGUAAAUCUCGAUAGCAAUACAUAUUUUUAAAAAUACAUUGUUUAUCAAUACAGCUCUGUUAAUUGAUUCAGCUCUAUUGAUUAGCUUUUUACAUUUGGUCCCCUUUUUAUGCUGAUCAUGUCAUCAUUUUACAUAAUAUUUAUGUAUGUAUGUAUAAAUGUUGCUGCGAUCACAUUUGUUUCAAUACAUGUUAAAUUCCAUCUUUUAUAUUAAAUGUACUUCUGCUGUUACUUGAAUUGUUUAUGAUUGUAAAAAGUAAUAUAUACUGUAUUUUUAAACUGUUGGGAAUUGCAUUCUAAAAUAACUAUUUGUACACUGAUGUGUGUGUUUUUUUUUACGUUUUACUGAUUCAUUGUAAAAUAAA